AUGAAUAUCGUUAAUUAUUCAGAUGAGUCUGGAAGCGAAAAUGAAUCAAAGUUAACUAAAAACAAUAAAUAAGUUACAGAAGCAAAGGAAAAAGAAAUAAAAGUGAUAGAGACUUAAAAGCCAUAGCAAGCACCCAAAAAAAAGAAAUUACUAGGAUUAAAUGAAAUUUUAAAUUAAGAUUAUUAGGACAAGGGUAUUGAAGAUGGAAAAUUUAUUCCUCAUAAAAAGUUGAAAUUAAAUGAAGAAGAAAAUGAAUAGGAUAACAAAGAAGAAUAAAAAUAGAUGGGCAUACAAACAGUAUUGAAAAAAAGCUAGCAAUAUGAAAUUCAAGAUUUACAAAAAACAAGGAAAGUUCCUCAUAUAGAUGGAUAAUUUGCUUGUUAUAUUUACAUAGAUGUAAAUGUAGGACUAGCUUAGUUGGUCAAAGCUUAAAGCAAUUUCAAAAAUAGAGUUAACAGAGAUUAUCCAGAUUACCAAUUUGUAGAUAUAGAACCUGAUAAUUUCCAUAUUUCUCUAAGCAAAACAUUCUACUUAAAUCGCCACUAAAUAGAGCCUUUUAUGUCUUCUCUUAGAGAAAAAUAUUUAAAGAGUUUCCAAUAGAUUUCUUUAAGUAUAGACUUGAAUAAACUUAAGGUUUUCAGCAACGAAGAUAGAAAUAGAUUUUUUGUAGCUGCUAGUGUAGGAUAAGGAAAAAAUAUAGUCAAAGACAUUGUUAAUUAAAUAGAUAACUGUCUCCAAGCCUACGGUCUUGAUACAUUUUUUAAAGGAAAUAAGCACCAUGUGAGUCUACUUUGGACAAACAAUAAAGCUACUUAAAAUGCAGAGUUUAAAUUAUAUGUAAAAGAUAAUCGUUUUAAUUCUUCUGGAACUGAUGGCUAAGUAAUCUUUGAUGUUUCUGAAGUUUAGUGUAAAAUAGGAAAGAGAAUUAAUACUAUAAAAUUAAAUCCUGUAUGA